AAAAUCGUAUCAAAUACACUGAAACCAGCCAGAACAAAGAUAAGGCUCGACAGUGUUUAUUUUUUUAAAAUAUACCCACGAUUAAUCUGACCACCAAACACUUUAGCACUGGUGCUCAUCUUUCCAAUUUUGCAACAGAAGCUCCAAUCGUGUGAAGCAUGCUUUUCACACGUAAAACAGAACUGCUGCGGAACGGUCGAGCAAUCAAACCCUGUCUGUUAAAAUAGAGCAUCAACGGUAUCAACAUGUCGUUCGUACUGUUUCUGCUGGUCAUUCUGAUUGUAUACGGGCUGGCGCAGGUCUAUCGUAAGCGACGCCGGCUGCACCGCAUUGCGGCCCAUUUCGACGGUGCCAAGCCGCACUGGCUGCUGGGGAACGUGAUGGAGUAUCCGGCCAACGACAUACCGGGUAUCUUCGAGACGAUGGUAGCGCUGCACAAGCGCCACGGUAAGGAUCUGUUCAACUGGGGCCUCCUAAACGAUCACAUGAUUACCGUCAGCAGUGCCGCUAACGUGGAGAAGGUAGUGAUGGCAAAGAGGACGGAAAAAUCCUCCGUGUACGAGUUCAUCGAGCUAUGGCUGGGACAGGGUCUGCUCAUCUCCAAGGGCGAGAAGUGGUUCCAUCGGCGUAAGAUCAUCACGCCCACCUUUCACUUCAAGAUACUGGAAAGCUUCGUGACCGUGUUCAACCAGGAGGCGGAGAUAUUGAUUGAAAAGUUAAGCCAGUAUGCUGACACGGGUCGUGAGUUUGACAUCUACGAGCCGAUCUCGCUGUACGCGCUGGACAGCAUCUGCACCACGUCUAUGGGUGUGGAGAUUAAUGCGCAACGGCAUCCGGAAAACCAGUACGUGCGGGACGUGAAGCGGAUGAGCGAGCUGAUACUGCUGCGCAUUUUCCAUGUGCUGUCGUCCUUUCCGCGCACCUACUGGUACACGAUGCCGAACGCGUGGGAGCAGAGGAAACUUAUCCGACGGCUGCAUGCGUUCACGGACACCGUGAUCCACAAACGCCGGGAACAGCUGUUGGAAAGGAGCUCGCAAGUGUCUAACGAGCAGGAGUGUCUGGAUGAGGAACAUCUUUACACAAAGCGUAGGGAAACGUUCUUGGAUCUGCUGCUGAACGUUAGGGUGGAUGGCAAUUCACUCAGUGAUCUUGAUAUUCGGGAGGAGGUUGAUACCUUCAUGUUCGAGGGUCAUGAUACGACCACUUCGGGCAUUGCGUUCACGUUCUAUCAACUCGCUAAGCAUCCUGAAAUACAGGAGAAGCUUUAUCGGGAGAUCCAAGAUGUGCUCGGCGUCGAAUACCGCCAUGUGCCGCUAACCUACAACACGCUCCAGAACUUCCCGUACCUGGACAUGGUAGUGAAGGAGUCGCUGCGACUUCUACCACCCGUUUCGUUCAUCGGACGUCGGCUAGCAGAUGACAUCGAGAUGAACGGUGUAACUAUUCCAGCCGGCACUGACUUUACCAUCCCCAUCUACGUCAUCCACCGCAAUCCCGUUGUGUAUCCCGACCCGGAACGCUUUGAUCCGGAGCGCUUCUCGGACGGAAAUACGCAACGACGCGGCCCGUACGACUACAUCCCGUUCAGUAUCGGCUCGCGGAACUGUAUCGGGCAGCGCUAUGCGCUGCUGGAGAUGAAGGUCGCUAUCGUACGUAUGGUUUCCUUUUAUAGGAUAUUGCCCGGUGAUACGAUGCACGAGAUUCGUCUCAAAACGGAUCUGGUGCUACGUCCGGACAAAUCCAUACCGAUAAAGCUGGUAGCACGCCCAUGAUUGGGUGUUGGAGGAGUGAGAAUGGAGGGAAGGGGGAGAAUUGAAUAAAUAAAAAAGAAAACAUCAUACCAA